GUGGCGAUCUCCAGUUUGGCGGUUCCAGUGAUUCAAUACAGUAUUGGGAUAGUAGACUGGAAUAAGGAUGAAAUACGAAAGCUAGGCACAAAGACUAGGAAACUUCUAACUUUACACGGCUUAUUGCAUCCUCGUGCAGAUGUUGAUAGAAUAUACACUCCAAGAUCGGAAGGUGGAACAGGUUUAUCGACAUUUACUACUACUCUCACAGGAAUUUCCAAAUACAUAACGUUGAAAAGGGAUGACAACCUCAUGAAAUUUGUCAUGACUCUAAGGAAAAAAAAUGUCCCGCCUUUUGCCUGAGGCGCCUGAAUAUGUCAGUGCUGAGAGCAGAGGUACAAGAGGUCAAAGUAUGAACGUAGUAAAAGAAACAAGAAAUCAGUGUAAACAGAGAUUCAGGAAUGAAAUCAAGCAUAAAUGGAUAAAAAAUCCUUUACAUGGACAAUACAUGAGAGAAGCACACAGAGAGCAAAUGCAUCAGUCACUCACAUGGAAUCGGUUGAAGAUUGGUGGAAUAAAAGGGAAAACCGAAGCGCUUAUAACUACACGUCAAGACCAGGCCUUAGCUACUAAGUACUACAAAUCUAAAAUCUUGGGCAUUUCUAACGAUCCUAAAUACAGGCUGUGCAAAAAAUAUAACGAAACAUUGCAACAUAUUGUAUCAGGCUGUCCAAUACUAGCUGCAAAGGAAUACCUAGAUAGACAUAAUUCUGUAGCUAGCCAUUUGCACUGGAAAAUAUGUAGGCAUUUCAACAUACCAACUCAUGAUAAAUGGUACCUUCAUCAGCCGAAACCUGUAGUCGAUACACCUGAAGUCACAAUCAUCAUGAACCAUCGCAUUAUAACCUCAUUGAGAAAGAAGCCGAAAAGAUGAUUAAGUAGAACGAUUUAGAGAUAGAGGACCAACGGAUGUGGGGAUUGAAGACCAAAAUAGUGCCCAUUGUCAUAGGAGCAACGGGUUUGAUAACAAAGAACACAUCAAAGUUGGUAGAAGAAAUACCUGGAAAACAUAACCUACAUUUACUACAGAAAACAGUGAUCCUAAAAACAGCACACGCUAUCAGAAAGGUACUCACUUAAAGAAAUAAAUAUCACACCCUAGGACUAUGAUAUAUUCCCGGUGCCUAUACUGCUAACUAUUGUUUAUCUUCCAAUAGGAAAGUGAGGAAUGUUG